CUGGACGGAAUUUGAUGGGGAACCAUAGAUCGAUGACAUGUCAUGAUCUGAGUAGGCCGAUGACGUAUACGUAAAUCUAUCAUCUUUCGUUCUGGCCUGGUCCUAGAACUCUAGAGUAGAAAUCAAAAGGGCAACAACAGAGAUGCUAGCUCAGAGAAGGAACGUUUCACAGAGGGAGAAGCCCGACAUGGCAGCUCGCAAGAGAGCUUUAGCAGACGCAUCCACCACAGAACACAAAUCUCAAGACCCCACUCCAACGGAGCCUCCAACUGCGCCACUAAAUUCAAAGUCGGGCUUCAUUCUGAAGCUCUCCCUCUUACUUUUGAGCCCAUACUUGUACUUCAUCUUCCACCACUACAAGAUCGACAGGGACCUCAAGAAGUCAAUCCUCGUAAAUGCGGGGGUCAGCCUCGCUGCGUUCUUCGUCACUCGUAAGAUGAUCCCCGUGGCUUCCAAAUACGUCCUCAGGCGCAAUCUUUUUGGCUACGAUAUUAACAAGAGGGGUACCUAUGGAGGCACUCUCAGAGGGCCUGAGUCAUUGGGUAUUGUUGUUGGAAUUGUUUUCUUGGUCUUGGCCAUCUUAUUUCAGUAUUCUAACUUCACAUCCGAUUCCAAUUGGCUUGUUGAGUACAAUGCAGCAUUGGCAUCCAUCUGCUUCAUGACAUUACUUGGAUUUGUCGAUGAUGUCCUUGAUGUCCCUUGGAGAGUGAAAUUACUGCUGCCAUCAUUUGCUACUCUUCCUUUGUUGAUGGCUUAUGCUGGGCAUACAACUAUUGUUAUACCAAAGCCUCUCAUUCCAUACGUUGGCCCAGAGGUUCUUGAUCUAGGAUGGAUAUACAAGCUAUAUAUGGGGCUUUUGGCGGUUUUCUGCACAAACUCUAUCAAUAUCCAUGCUGGUCUGAAUGGACUUGAAGUUGGGCAAACAGUUGUAAUUGCAUCUGCUAUUUUGAUUCACAAUACCAUGCAAAUUGGAGCAUCUACAGAUCCUGAAUAUAAGCAGGCCCAUGCAUUCUCUAUUUAUUUAGUUCAACCCUUACUUGCGACCUCAUUGGCUUUACUUUCUUACAACUGGUACCCAUCUUCAGUUUUUGUUGGAGAUACUUACACGUACUUUGCUGGGAUGACUAUGGCUGUAGUUGGGAUUUUAGGCCAUUUUAGUGAAACACUACUGAUUUUCUUUGCUCCUCAAGUUUUGAACUUCCUCUUAUCGCUCCCUCAGCUGUCGGGUUUGGUUCCAUAUCCACGGCAUCGUCUCCCUAGGUUUGAUUCUAAGACUGGUCAGCUAACUGGGACUAAUGAUGGGACACUGGUUAGUUUUCUUUUGAGACUACUUGGCAGGAUGUCAGAAAAGUCACUUUGCAUCGUUCUUCUUCUUUUCCAGGCCAGUGCAUGCUGCCUCUGUUUUGUGCUGAGGUAUUACCUUGCUGGUUGGUAUAAAUGAGAUGGCAACGUCAAAGAAAUGGUCUUCUGGCCGUAAUGAUUAACAUCUGGAACACUUGCUCUUGAAUGAUAUGACCUGGUUUAAAAGAGU